AUGGAGGACAAGGAGAAUAGCAAUCCCAUCCAGUCGGUGUCUCCGUCCGGCGAGGCGGCGGCUGUUGCCAAUGUCAGUAAUUUGGAGCUUCACAAGAGUUCCGGCAACAACUUGAUGCAGUUCAAUUCUCCGGACGAGCAGCAGGGCGAGCCGAAGACUGCUGAUCAACUAUCAACACCACCACCACCGACCACCACCACCACCACAAGUGGUGGACAGUCGCCCAAACGACCCGUCCUCAAGGAGAUCAGCGUUGACCUCUUCGGCCUGAUCUCUCCCGAUCGAAAGUUCACUGCUGGAGAGGAGGAAGAAGAGGACAAGGAAGGUUCUCCGAGCAAGCCAGACUCGUCCACGCUUCUGAAGAAUGAAAUUGAGUUCAGCGUCACUUACGAUAACUUCGAGUCCGAGGCAAAGGACUGCGACCAGGAGACUAGUGUUGUCGUCGAUGACCAGUGCGCCUCUCCUUCCGUAGCGCCAUCGACGCAGCAGCAAGAACAGCAAGUCAACAGUGACAGCGUUGAUUCCGGUGCCUCGUCACUGAAGGAUGAAGAUGAGCUCGCAGUGAACUGCGUCCAGGCGCAGCCGGUGCCGGCGCUGCAGGACUCAGCUCUGCUUGAAACUAAGCUCAUCUACGAGUCGAAGAUUGUAGAGCUGAACGCUCGCAUUGACGAACUGGAAGAGGAGCUGCAGAAGAAGAGUCAGACUGACGGCAGCCAGCCGAACGAUGCUCAGGCCACCGUCAUCAACGAGACGCCCUUCUCUAUGGGCGACAGUGUCAAUCUGAUUCAAACGGAGCACGACUAUGAGAGCACCAUCAAGGCGCUUAACGAGCGUGUCCACCAGCUGGAGGAGGAGAAUCGCGCCACUAAGCAAAAGUUAACCAUUUCCGAAGUUGCCCAGAAGAAGGAGUCGUCUUCCUCCAACGCAGAGCUGCAGCAGCAGACUUCAAUGGUGCAAGGAACGGAAGACGACUUGGAGAUGACGUUCACGCUCGAGGAUCGCCUUAGUCUGCUUGACACGAAGGUCGCCUACGAAAAGCGAAUCGUCGAUCUGGAGGAGAAGGUGGAGGAGUUGGAGUCGCAGAAACCGGACUCCAGCACCAUUGUCAGUGAUGACAGCUUCAUCAUUGACAAGCAGCUCGUGGAGCAGCUGCUCGACACUAAACUGGUGCAGGAGAAUGAAAUUGAGCAGCUAAAGGCGAGGCUCGCCCAGCUGACCACUCAGGUGGCCGAGUGCGAAGGAGCCAAGGAGCAGCAGCUCAGGGAGGAGUUGAAGACCGCCAAGCAGCACCACGAGGCGGACCGUCAGCAGUACGAGGAGCGGAUGGAAAGCAAGGACAAGGAGAUUGAGUCGCUGACGAGCCGACUGGCCGGGCAGGACGCCCACUACCAGAAGCUGCUGGGCGAGAUGGAGGCCCAGGUGGCCGAGCUGAAGAGCAAGGAGACGGAGUGCCGUGAAGAGCACGUGGGAUCGCUGGUGCCCAAGUAUGAGAUUCUGCUGUCGCAGUACCAGGAGCUCUCGCUGCGGCAGCAGGAGUCGGAGGGUGCCAACCAGCAGCUGCUGGCGAACAUCACCGACAUGGACGAGCAGCGGAACGCCCUGCGCCGCAAGUUGGAGCGCGCCAGCGAGCAGGCGGCGCUGCAGGCGGAGCAGCUCGAGGCGGCUCGCGAGCAGCUGGCGGCGGCGGUGGAGCGGCAGCUGAAGAGUGUCGCCGCGGAGACGACCGCCCUGACGCGGCUGGAGCAGCUCGAGGUGGCGCAGCGCAUCCUCUCGGAGGACCUGUCCGCCCGCGACGACCAGUGCGCCCGGCUGGAGGCGGAGAAUGGGCAGCUCAAGGCGCAGCUGGCGGAGCAGACGGAGCUAGCGCUUCGAGAGGCCAAGGCCCUAGAGGAGGAGGUGGCCACCGCCCAACUAGCCGGGCAGNCCCGCGACGACCAGUGCGCCCGGCUGGAGGCGGAGAAUGGGCAGCUCAAGACGCAGCUGGCGCAGAGUGAGCUGGAUCUUCGAGAGGCCAAGGCCCUGGAGGAGGUGGCCGCCCAACUGGCCGGGCAGCAGCUGAAGGAGGCACAGGAAGAGGUGGGCGCGCUCAGAGCGGAGCAGCUGACCCUGCAGGAGAACAUCAGCCAGCUGCAGGCGGCCAAUGGGCAGCUCAGCGAGGCGAAGGACGCCCUGGAGGGGGCCCUGGCGGUGGCCCAGGCCGGCCAGCUCACUGAGGCGGAGGCGAAGAAGGCGCUCGAAGAGCAGCUCACCUUUUCGGAGUGCCUGGCGAAGAGGCUGCAGGAGAGUCUGUGCGCCGAGCAGCAGGCACGCGACACGCUGCUGCUGCCGGCGAAGGAGAAGCUCACUGAGUCGGUGGAGAAGUUCACCAAAAUGUCCUCCUCACUGAGCAAGCUGAUCGCCGCCAUGAAAAGCAACAGGGACUACAGGGAGACGGUGCCCAGUGACAUUGUCAAGAAGAUUCUCUACAAUGUCCGCUACAAGGUAAACAGCACCGUCGUGGAGAGCAGCCAGGUGCUAGGGCUGCAGUGUGACAUUGUCCUACCGCCGGUAGCAGUGGCGGCGGCUGCGACCGGCGACAGCAAGAAGACCACCUCUAAAGUGGAAGGGACUGAGGAAGAGGAAGAGGUGCACCUCUCUGACGACAUUAGUCCCUUGGUGGUGGAGGAGGGAAAGGGCGAGGCUGAGGAGGAGGAGGGCACCCAAGUGUAG